AUGACUUCUGUGCUCAAAUGGAUGGCACAGAAAGUCACGAAUGCAUCCAAUUUUGCAGCAGAGAGUAUCCUUCGUAGUAUUAUCAUCAAAUUUCUAGAAGAACCUAUUCAAGAUGAUACAAUUUCACUGCAAUUAUUUCAAGAUUGGACUCUUAAACUAUUAUUAAAGAAAACAUUUGUAUGUGUUAAUUUGGUUAAUCCAUACACACCAUUUUUACACUUCAAUUCAAUAUAUAUUUCAAAAAUUAAUCUCAAUGCAAAGUAUAAUCUCUCUGGAUUCCUAUUAGACAUGGAAAGAAUAGUUAUAGACAUAGAUGCAAAGAUGCCAGAUAAAGUCGAAGAGCCUGAUCCUAACUUACAAGCCUCAUUAAUCGAAUUAAAACAGCAAUUACCUCAAGAAGCAAGGAAAAGCAAUUCUGUUAUGGACUACAUUCUUAAUUCUGUUAAGGAGAUUAAGAUUGCUCUUGAUUCUUUUACAACAAUUGUCAGAGUUAGAACAGAUUUACCAUCAUGCUCUUUAAAAUUUGAAAAAAUUUCAUCUGAAGUAUACACUCCAUCGAGUCCUGAAGGUAAUAUAAAGCUCCUUUCAUUCAAUUUCAUUGUAGGAGAAAAAAGAAAUCAAAAAAACGUCGCAAAUAUACAAAAUUCGUUAGUAACCAUGCACUCGAAUGAAAUAAAAUGCACUAUAGAUAGCAUUUCCUUUGAUGUCGACCAAGAAUUACUUAAUAUUUUUUCUGUAUUUUUAUCAUAUCUUCCUUCUCGCGUUCAAUCACAUAAAAAGAAUACACAAACUACUCAGAAGGCCGAUGAAUCAUCUGGAUUUAAUAUGGGAGUUACUUUAUUAAUUAAAACUCUUCAAAUUUCAAUGAAUGGAAUUAAAUUUGUUCUCAACAACUUCAAUUUAACAAUUUCGAAUGGCAUAAAAUCGAGUUUUGAUUCAAUACAAUUAAUUCAUGAUAAUGUUCAAGUUUUUUGUUUAAAUUAUUCUGAAUUUCAAUAUUUAUUUGCAACAAACAAAGUAAAGCUUGCAACAUUUGCUGAUUUCCCUACAACACUCGUUGAAGCACUUAAUUAUAACCCAGAACGUAAGAAAGGAAAAUAUAAUUCUUUAAUUGCAAAUCUUGGCAAGUUUUCUAUCGAUAUUUCGAAGUCUUUCAUUACAUCUGUCAUUGAUAUCGUUCAAUGGAUCAAUUCCUUCAUGAAAACUAUCCCUGACUUCCAAUCUUCUUCCCCUCAAAAAAUUCAAAAUUCUUCUUCAUUAGUAAUAACCGCCAAAAUCCCCUCAAUUUCGAUCAAUUUCGAAAACUUGGGAUUUUUCAUUGGAGAUGCAUCCGCUCAAGUAAUGCUAGCAUCAUCUGGAAUGCUAGAUAACACUAGAAUACUAUCAACUAUCAAAACAUUGAAGUUUUAUGAAUCUGAAGAUUAUAAUAUUAUUGAAACGGAAAACUUUUGUCAAUUAGCAUUAUCCAUUAACAAAAGCAUUGGUAAGGACCCAGUCUAUUUCAUUGGAGCCAAAUUAGGUGAUUUUAUUGUAAGAAUUCCUGGAGAUAUGAAAUUUGUUUUCCAAAUCGAGAAUUUUGUCAAAGGACUUCCUAUUUCUAAUGAAACAAAGCCAACAGAUGUUGUUGAAGCUCCUAAAACAAAGAAAUCUUUACAAAUUGAUUUUAGGAUUAAUUCAACAUUUCUUGAGUUCAUAACCAUAAAUAUUCCAACAAGGAUGUUCAUAUCCUUUGAUACUCUCUCAGUUUUCAUGAGCGCCAUUGAUGAAACAAUGAAUUUCGUAAUUCAUUCCAAAAUUUCUUUUUAUUUCACAAACAGUCGCAAGCCAAUAGCGAAGAAAUACUAUACUGUGCCAUUCAGACACCAAUACGCUGGUGUUCCUUACGUAGGAACCCUCAAAACCGAUAUUUUUGUUGAUAUUUUAGAAAACAACAAAAUUUUCGUGAAAAUUCCUGAUAUAAGAAUAGAAGGCGGACUUUGUGCUGACUUGCUUAGCCUUCUUUUGGCCUUUUUCAGCCAUGUUUCGUAUUUACUUGACUUUCCAGAGGAAAAACAAGUAAAAGUCAGUCAUUUCUCGCCGCCUGAGAAACUCCUCGAAUUCCAAAACACUGUUUCUUUCUCUCUGAUGCAAUCUUUGAAACUGAAACAGUUUCCUCAACCUGGAAAUUUCGAUCUCCAAAAAUUGAAAGAAAAAUCUGUUAUUUACGAAACAAUUGAAAAGAUGAAGUCAUCGAUAAACGAAAAAAUCGAACCAGAACUGUCAGAAAGUUACGAUGACUUACCUGAUGUUGAAAUAACGUAUGAAAAAGUGACAACAGAACCAAACAUUGUAAUUGAGAUUGAAAAAGGAUUUAUACAGUUCUUUUUGUAUGGAGGAAGAGAUUUUGAUGGUGUUUACGACUUGAUGCCUCUCAAGAAAAUGCCAGAAUUUUUGGAAGAUUUCGAAAAUGAAAAAAGUGACACUGAUUUUGACAUCAUAGAAUUGCGAGAUGAAACUAAGUCUGUUGAAUUGAUUUCUAAUAUUGAUAAGUCUAAAAUUGAAGUCUACGACAAAGAUCCUUUAUAUAAUACUUGUAUUUCUAUCGUUCUAUCGUCCCUUUCAAUUUUAGAUCACAUUCCAAAAAGUGACUCUGCUUUUAUCUUGUCAUGCAGCACUGAACAAGAUGAGAAAAUGGUGUUCGACUUCAAUAUUCUGAAAAGUGAAGGACCAAGAAUGAAUGUCACUUUUUCGAUGUCACCUUUUUCAAAUAUGAUAUGUUUUCUUACUCAAAGUCAAAUUGAGUUUUUAGUUGACUGUUUUUCAUCGAACAGACCUCAAUUCCCUUGUGAAACAAUUGAUGUCGAGCCAAUUGCUUUCCAAUUAUUUGAAAUCAAAGGAUUUAAUCUUUUGGCGUUUGCUCACUUCACUUUUUAUGUAAAUGUCCACAUUGAUGAUGUAAAUUUGCAUGUUCCUGACUGCAAAGUGCUUUCUGUACUUUCAACACACUUGGCAUCAUCUCUCGCUGAGUUUUAUUUGAGAGAACUCGCAAGACCUGGUUGUGCGGCGGUUGCAAGCGGUUUGCCAGUUGUCAAAUCUAUCAGAAAUGUUGCAACGGCACUUUCUACGAUAUUUGACAUGAAAAAUGGCCAAUUUGGAGCUGUGGGAGGAAUUGCGAUUGGUGUUGCAGUUCUGAUGAGAGUUUUGGCUCAUGAAGCAUUGAAUGCUGGUGCUGGAGCUGCAAACUUGGCUCAGGCAGUGUUGCAAGCAUCUCUUGAUGUUGUUGAUGGAAAAGAAAACGCAAAGGAAGCAACACAGAAUGGAAUUGCUUCGCUUUUCGUGGAAGGAAAAGGUAUCAAAAAUUUACCAACAUUAAUAUUAGCUCCAGGAGUAUUGACAAUGCAGAAACUUUCUGAGAUUUUGAAACAGUUGAGAGACAAAGUUUCAAAUGUCAACUCAAGAAGAAAUGAUUUUUACAAGAGAAAGAAAUGA